UAAAAUGGGAGGAGCAGUUUGUAAAUAAGGAAAUCAAAACUAUGGAGAAGAAGUUAUUUAGGAUUCAAAUGAUGUUUAAUUGAAUAAUAUUACUUUUGCUAAAGAAUAAUCAUCAAAAUUAGAACGCUCUAAUCUUAAACAUCCUAGUUUGAAGAAGAAACAUAUUACUCAAAUUAAAGUAACCGUACCAGAUGAUCCAAUUAGUAUUUUCAAUCAAUUUCAUUAUUCUUAGAUUUAAGCAAUAAUUUAUCAAGUGUUUGUUUAGAAGACAGACCAGAACCAACUACUCCUGCACUUCCAACUUAGUAAACUAUUUAUAUUGAUAUAUAUUUAGAGAUGCUAAUUAAUAAGGAGAUAUUUAACAUUUCUAAAAUAUUUAAUUAUUUGGAAAAGAAGUAGUCUAAUCAGUAAAGAUGAACUCAACAUAAAAAUUAGUCUCUUCUUAAUAAGAAGAAGUGCUUCAAUGUAAGUUAUCAUCAUGAAAUUUAGAUCAGAGUUCAGAGAAUAAAACUCAUAAUAUUCCAAAUCUCGCAAAGAUGAUAAAAGAUAAAAACUAUUAAAUAUGAAUUUAGUCGAAGAUAAUGUAUUUCAUAAUUCUAUAAUCUAAGCUUGAUGAUUACAUCUACUAUGAUUGGAAAAACCCAAACUUUCAAUUAAUUAGUAUUAAUGAUUAAAAUUUAUUGAAGAAAGUAAGUUCAGCUAAACAAAUGCCUAAACAAGGUAAAAAAAAUUUUUGA